UCCUCUUUGCAUUACACUCACAUUCACAUUCAACAUUCUCAUUCACAUUCACUAUUAAUUAACAUUUUAUUUUGUGUUGUUGCAUAUAUGCAAUGUCAGCAGAAUCUCAAGACUCCCCCAUGGAAGGGGUUCCGGGUACACCUGGAAUCCGGGAAGUGAGGCCCGAGUCCGGCUCCCACAACUUCGGGUUUUGCACCGAGACAUGUCGUGUUCCGGACGGGGACUCAAACCCUGGAAUAAGGAGGGUCAGUUUGAGGGCUGAGAUUGACACCUCACCGCCUUUCGGGUCAGUUAAGGAGGCUGUGACCCGGUUUGGUGGCAGUGGACCUUGGGUGCCUUUGUACAAGUUUGCAGAGGCAUAUCAUGGAAUUGAGGAGUUCGACAUAAAGAAAGUGGAGGAGCAAGCAGCAGAGUUGGAGAAGGAUCUGAUUGUGAAAGAAUUGGAGACCCUUGAUGUGCUUGAAGAGCUGGGGACAACGAAAAGGAUUGUGGAAGAGCUAAAGAGACAGCUCCAGAAUGAAGCUCUGAAAUGCAUGACCACUCCAGACUUGAACUCGGAUGAGCAGCACAUGCCUGCUCCUGCUAUCAAAGAAAUGAACAAGGAACACUAUGAACAGAUCAGGAUCGGGAGUUCGAGUCCAUGCCCGGUUUUGUCUCCUGAUUUGAUCUUGAUGGAGUUGAAACAGGCAAAACUGAACCUUGGUAAAACUAUAAAUGAUCUUGGGGUGAUUCAAACUUCUGUUGAGUCUCUAAAUAAGAAAAUGAAGAAAGAGAAAAGUUUACUUGAAAAGACCCGUGAGAGGCUAACUUCUAAGUUUGCAGGGGUGGCAUCUCUAGAGGAGGAGCUUAAACAGGUGAGGGUGAAGCCGCAGAUUGCCAACAAUGGGAAUUUUGAGAAUUCUCCAAGCAUUUUAAGGCCGCCUUUACACAACAAUUCCAAGCCUGAGCAGUUUAAGAGAAUGGCUGAUCCUUCAAAAGCAAUGCCACUGCCAGGGAAUGAGCAGAACAAGCCCUGUGUAAAAACUGCUGAAAUGAGGUGGGUUGCAGCCAAGAAGAUGGAGGAAGCAGCCAGGGCAGCAGAGGCUCUUGCUCUUAUUGAAAUGAAUGCCCUUACUGGGAUGAAGGGUUUGUCAAGCAAUGAGAACUUGUCAGGAUUUUCCUUGCCAGAGCCGGUGCCGUCUCCUCGGACCCCAAAAGUUCAAAGGCCAGAAGAAGUUUCUAACAGCAGAGCAAUUCAUGCUAUGCACAAAUUUGCUGAAGCAAAUAUCUCCAAACUUGCAAUCCUGAGGAAGCUGGAGGAAGCUUCAGAAGAAGUUAAACACAGUAAAGACGCAUUGGAAGAGGCUCUUAAUAGAGUGGAAAUUGCAAGCAGGAAGCAACUUGAUGCUGAAGAGGCUCUCAGGAGAUGGAUUCCAGAGCAUGAACAGAAAAAACAGAUAAUGUAUACUACUACGAAGAUCAACAAUUUCCAUCCACCACAUCAUCCUCAUCAGCAUCUUCCGCGAUCUCCAUUGCAUGAUCUGAACAAUCAAAACCCAACAAUGGAUGAUGAAACAAAGCCUGUUUUAAGGCCAACAAUUUCAAUGAGGGAUAUCUUAAGCAGGAAACAAGUUACUCCUGAAGACUGUGCUGUGAGAAGGCCUAGUAAUGAAGGCCACACCGGAAGGCAAAAGGUAGCUCUGAGCCAAAUGCUUCAUGAACUAAGGGAAGACCUGAAAUUUCCUCCAAAACCUGAUCAAAAAGAUCACGGGGAUGAUCCAAAGCAGUACUUCACCCAGCGCAGAAAGUUUGGGUUCAUCCACAUAUCUCUCCCAUUGGCAAAGCAAAGCAAGAAGAAACCACAAGCUUUAAACACAAUGUGAUACAAUAGAAUAAAUGGUACCCACCAAAUUGGUAAUCUGUGGUCAUAUACUAACAUUUUUUAAUAUAUUAUAUCCUGUCUGCUCCAAUUUGUUUGUGUUGUUUUUGGGUGAUUCAAUUCAUGUUUGUUGGCUUCUGGUUUGAAACCUUCCUCUGGUGUAAAGGUGUUCUAUAAAUUUAUAUGUAUCCGUGUGUUCUGCAAUCAGCCCUGAAAUAUAUUUGAUGGGGCCCCUGGAAUCUCUUGUUAUCUAUAUCAAAACAAGGCAUUGAAAUGGUGAUGAAUUCUUUUGCUUGGCAA